AUGAUGAGAAAUGGUUUUUUGAUUAUGGUUCUUGUUUUUGCGAUGACUUUGUCGUAUCCUAAUGCUCAACCAACAGAUCCUGAGGCGUGUCUGAACGCAUUUAAGGGCACUUCAAAAGAUUGCCGCGAUCGUCUAAGCGGACUUCUUCAUUUUCAUUUCCGAUUCGGUGGGCUCAAGAAAGCUUGUUGUGGAUCUGUUGCUAAUGUUACAGAUGUCUGUUGGCCAGUCAUCUUUCCGAGCAUGCCUUACAUUCGUUUUGUAGUAAAGUAUGUUUGCACAUUGCCCAUUUUAGAUUGA